GAAGAAGAAGAAGAAGAAGAUCAUCCAUAGGUUUUCCAUUUCUUUGGUUUCGAGCAUCCGACCUUCUGCUUCUUCUCGAUCUCGCUCGCCAAAACCUCUCUUCCUCUCCUUCUGGCAACAUCACUCAAUCUCCGCUCUCUCCAUCUCUCUCCAACCCUCGGGCCGGGCUGCUCAGCCUAUCUCGUCCUCCGACCACCGCCGUAUCCACGCCGCGAGUCUCGUUGGCGUUUGGCAUCAACGUCGCCGCUCUUUCUCUGCCUCCGAAACCCCCAAACCCUAGGUUUCUUGCUUCGAUUCUCCGGGAUUGUCGAAGAUGGAUGAGGACCAGGAGAUGGAGAGGUUCGGGAUGGACAAUGACUAUGAGGACGGGCAGUGGAUCGAUGGGGAGUUCUAUUACCGGCGGCGGAGAGAGAAGCGCGCGCAGACCAAGGAAGACGUGCUCUACGGUGUCUUCGCGUCGGGGGACUCUGAUUCCGACUACGACGACUCCUCCAAAAGGAAGCGAAAGAAGAACAGAGACCUCCUGGGUAAGGCUGAUCUAUCUAAACCUGUGAAUUUCGUUUCCACCGGCACAGUCAUGCCGAACAGAGAGAUUGAUGAGAAUUCGAAGAGAGAGAAUGAGGAUGACGAGUCCGCUGCCAUGGAUGAGGAUAGGCCGGGCUUGGGGGUUGGUGCUGGUGUAGGUUUGGGGUUUAAGAACCGAGAUUAUGGUUUCGAUGAGAACGGCGAGGAGGAGGAUAGGUUCUUGCCGACGGCAUUUGGGCGGAAGAUCAAGGAGGGAGCGGAGAGGAGGAGAGAGCAAUCCAAAUUGGAGAAGAAAGCACAGCAAGGUGCGGUCAAGAGGGAUUCUUCUGAAUCGGGGAAUGUGGGCGGCUUCGAGAAGUACACCAAGGGAAUUGGACUAAAGUUGCUCGAGAAAAUGGGUUACAAAGGGGGCGGUCUUGGGAAGAACCAGCAGGGGAUUGUGACACCCAUUGAAGCAAAGUUGCGUCCUAAGAACAUGGGCAUGGGUUUCAACGACUACAAAGAAACUUCUGCAAAGGCACCUGUUGCGUCACUGGAGCCCGAGGAAAAGAAGCCAUUACCUGAUGUGCCCGGUAAGGAGAAGCUUUGGUCUAAGCAAGCGAAGAAGGCGACUUUGAAAAGCAAAGUGACAUAUGUUACAGCAGAAGAGCUGUUGGCGAAGAAGCAGGAGCAGGGCGUUGAAGUUGUGCAAAAGGUACUUGACAUGCGUGGACCUCAGGUUAGGGUAUUAGCGAACUUGGAGAAUCUAAAUGCGGAAGAGAAGGCGAGGGAGAGUGAUGUUCCAAUGCCGGAGCUCCAGCACAAUAUAAGGUUGAUUGUGGACCUGGCUGAGCUGGAUAUUCAGAAGAUCGACAGGGAUCUGAGGAAUGAGAAGGAAACAGCUCUGAGCUUGCAAGAGGAAAAAGAGAAGUUUCGAGCUGAGGCAGAACUCCAGAAGAAACAACUCAAUAAUAUGAAGGAAAUAAUGACUACGCUAGGCCGGAUUGAGGAGGAAAAGUCAAUGGGAUCAUUGACAUUAGACUCGCUAGCCAAGUAUUUCGGUGACAUGCAAAGAAGGUUUCCUGAUGAUUACAAACUUUGUAACAUAUCCUGCAUUGCUUGCUCAUUUGCACUCCCUCUGUUUAUCAGAGUUUUUCAGGGAUGGGAUCCUCUUAGGAAUCCCUCACAUGGGUUGGAAGUUGUUUCACGGUGGAAAUCUCUAUUGCAAGGACAGGAAUGUCUUGAUAUAUGGGAUUUGGGAUCCCCUUAUACCCAGUUGGUUUCAGAAGUUGUCUUGCCUGCUGUGAGAAUAUCUGGCAUCAACACUUGGGAGGCAAGGGAUCCAGAACCAAUGCUUCGCUUUAUCGAGACUUGGGAGAAAUUGUUGCCUUCUUCUGUUCUGCAGUCCAUACUGAACAUGGUUGUCAUGCCAAAAUUGUCGAGUGCUGUGGACUCAUGGGAUCCCCGUCGGGAAACUGUUCCUAUCCAUGUUUGGGUGCAUCCGUGGUUACCCUUGUUGGGACAAAAGUUGGAGGGCCACUAUCAGAUCAUACGGUCAAAACUGAGUAAUGUACUUCAUGCCUGGCACCCGAGUGAUGGCUCUGCAUACACCAUUUUGUCACCUUGGAAGACCGUGUUUGAUUCUGCCAGUUGGGAAGAUUUUAUGCGCCGAUUUAUCGUUCCAAAGUUGCAGCUUGUCCUCCAGGAGUUCCAGAUAAAUCCGGCUGAUCAGAAGCUGGAUCAGUUCUAUUGGGUCAUGUCUUGGGCUUCUGCUAUCCCGAUCCAUCUCAUGGUGGACAUGAUGGAGAAGUUCUUUUUUGUUAAGUGGCUACAGGUGCUAUAUCACUGGUUGUGUUCUAACCCAGACUUCAAUGAAGUUAUGAACUGGUAUCGCGGUUGGCGGGAUCUUUUCCCACAAGAGCUGCUAGCAAAUGAGAGUAUCAGAUAUCAGCUUAGAAUUGGUUUAGACAUGAUGGACAAUGCAGCUGAAGGCAUGGAGGUUGUCCAACCUGGUGUUAGAGAAAACUUAAGUUAUCACAGGGUCCUUGAGCAGAGGCAGUUUGAGGCUCAGCAAAAAGCAGCGGCCUAUGCUCGACAACAAGCUGCUGUUGGUGCUGGUGGCACCUCUCAGGUGGAUGCUGGUGGUGGCAUGCCUGAGAUGAAGCUGAAAGAAGUCAUCGAGGCCUAUGCACAGCAGCAUGAGUUGCUAUUCAAACCUAAGCCCGGUCGGAUGCACAAUGGCCUUCAGAUAUAUGGUUUUGGUAAUGUGAGCAUCGUUGUGGACUCUAUUAAUCAGAAGGUAUUUGCCCAAAACGAGGAAGCAUGGUCUUUGGUAUCUCUUGAGGAUCUGCUGAAGCUGCACUACAAUUCACUGGCAAAGAGACGUUAGAUGAUAAAUUCUUUGAAUACCCGCCAGUUGGAGCAUUGUAGGUCAGUGAGGUUGUAAAUAUCAUGCAGAGAAAAUCAAAGUUAGUCUUCUAGCUUUUCUGUGAAAUUCAUGAUCUUGUUAUUUCAUCUGAAAUCACAAUGGCAAUUUUCACGGACAUUAACGUGACAAUGUAACACAGUUUCAGUUUUGUCAUUUGAACCAAUCAAGUAUUUUAGGAGAUAAUUGAAGUGUCAGUGAGCUUGAAUGAAGUAAUUAGAGGUCUGAGCCUUUUGCUUUUAGCAUCUUAUCCUUAUGGAUCAACCAAACUGGCAGUUGUAGUGUUAUAUGUUACUGUACUAUGGCAUCUGAUGAUACCUGUAAGUUUACAGCAGCAGUAUUGUUGAGUAGCCAGAAAAUCCUCAUCUCUAUUAUCUGAAUAUUGACUUACUUAUAGUAGUUUCUUUGUAACUAGGUUAAAAAAAUGAUCCAUUGAGAAGUGGACUGUCUAUUCGCCCUGAUUGUAUGUUUCGAAGUUCUUGAAGACAGAGGCUAAUAUAUCCAAAACUCUGCUUUGACAGUUUGCUUGGUUCGCAGCGGCGAUGUGUGAUUCAUGUCUAUCAAACUUUUGGUAGUCGAAGUAAGAAAGUAUGUAUGGACGCCUCUGUGGAGCUUCUGGUUCAAUAUCAAUACUUGUCAAAAUAUGCCAAUUACUUCUAGGUUCCCCAUAGUGUCUAUAACGCACUUGAUUGGUUCAGUACAUACAGCACAGCCAUAUUUGAUAAGUCUCCACAACCGGUACAGUGGUAGCAUAAUUGGAUAAAUAAGGAUGGGCUUUGGUCAUACUUGAUGUAUUAUAUUAUCCUGGCUUCCCAUGAUGCUCCCUUAUUAUUCCUGAUGUGAUAGUUUUGCAACUAAAAUCACUUCGAAUGGGCAAUAUUCGGGUAUCGAUUCUCUUAUCUUUUAUUUGUACAAAUGUAUAUCUUGGAUCUCUUCUCUUGAUAUAAAGAUAAUCCCAACUUCUCUCACAUGAUGGCAAAUGCCCAGCAUUUCUAGUUUUGUUGCUAUUAUAGUUCAAAUCCCAGUCAAUGUCCAUCAUAAGUAGCUUGAGUCAUUGAAGUCUAUCCAAUUUGUGUCACCAUACAGGUUAUAAAAAUAUUGAAAUAUAUCUAUAUUGACAUUUAGAAAGAGCUAGUGCAGUCUGUUUGGAGCAGGGGUUCCAAAAGGCACCUGUGAGCCGCAUCUUUGGGAGCAAGCUUGAAAAGGACUCAGUUUUCACUUUCUACUUAUUUUAAAGGCCUGCCAAAUGCUUUACUUGAGCUCUUGUGGCUUCUCAAAAGUAAGCUUUUAAAGCACUGCCAAACACAGACUAGGAGUUUGUUGGGUAUAGUUAGUGUAGUUUUAUUAUGAUAUGUUGGAACACUUGUGUUUUGCAACAUCCUUUUAAGGAUGCAGUUAUUGAAACUAUGUGGGGCAGCUUCCUAAUAGCAAUUGGGAAAUGCUGCAGCAGGGGUGCUACAGCACUAUGGUAUUUCAGACCAUGUAAGGUGACUAUAACCAACAUUCCUGGAUCUAAGAAUUUGCUCAUUGUCAACUAAUCUCUCUUAACAUCGAGCAAAUAAUUGUGGGGACUAACAGUCUAAUUUUCUAUCUAGCUUGCUGCUUAUGAAGUUUAUUGCCGGUUUGAUGUCUAAGACCCUUUAUUUCUUCAUGCACUGGAAUGCAGGAAAUCUACUGUUGGGGCCUGCAUUCUAGAAUUUAAAAUUCAAAUGGAUGGAAGAGAAUUUUGGAUGUUCAUUUGUGAAUUUUUUAUUUUAUAUUUAUUUGACUCACUUAGAUCCUACCAAAAUCCUACCAAUUGAAUUAAUCAUUGUAGUUUGAUCUGUUGUUAACUUUCUUUCUAUGUAAUAUUGUAUAUGUGUCACUGGACUUAGCAUUGGAUUUUGUGAGAAAAUGUGGAAAAAAUCAAAAGAUGUGUUAAGUUGAGCAGGGUUUGUCCCAGAGAGCAGGCAAGUUUCUUCCCAGCAUCCUGCAUGUGCAGUUUGUCUUGCAACCCUUUGCUUUUUGCACCUAUGAGUACAUUUCUUGCUCCUGUUCUUUUUACCAUUUCGUUUUGUUGGGUAGAAUGUGAUCUCACUUCUUUCCCUUCAGAGACAACAAUUGAUCUGGCAGUUUUUGGACUCCCCUUUCUUUCAAUUUUACAGCUUCCAAUGUGUUGUCCUGUUUCUUUCUGCAUCAGUAUUUGCUUUUCAUAUUUUGUUGGUUUGAUGACGUGUAUAUUUUUUUUCCUCCUAACUAAUUUACCGUCCUUAAGUGAGAUUGAAUGGCUAUACAUGCGUAUCUUUCAUGGUAGAUAAAAAGUCUAGCAGAUUCUUCCACUUGAACCGUCUUUUCCGAUUUCCCCUUUCGACUUCUGUUUUAGGAAGGCAUUUUGGUUACUCUGUUCUGAUUUUGGUCUGGUAUUUCAUAAUUCAAGCUUUAGGAAUUUGGAGUGUGUGUGUCUUUUGACUUUUCUUGCAACUCUACAUCCUGUUAUCAGAAGGAAUUUUGGUGAGUGUGCGUUCUGGUUUUGGUCUGGUAAUGUUAUAAUUCCAUCUUCAGAAAUUUGGAGUGCAAAGGAUUGGACAUUUAGACCACAUAGCAUGUCAUCUGUAAUUUCCAUUGAAAGGUCAAUCAUUCUUUUUACUUUAUGAAUGUACAUAGAAUGAUCUUUGAAAUUGGAUUUAGUUUUUAGUAUAGUUGAUUGAUUAAUACAAUGUCAGUGGUGAAUAAUCCAUUCAAAAGUUUCUAAGGUGAUUGCAAUUAAUGCUCCAUUGAGGAAUGCUUCCCAGGACCAAUCAAGCGAUAGAGGACAAGUUGGACGCUUCUUACUUCUGUCACUUGCAGGAUGAGGUUAUGCAUUGACUCAAGUGCUCUCUAGCUGUUCAAGCGACAAUCCUUUUUAGUACAUUUUGCUAGAAAAGUACAUCUUAGUUAAGUAUAAUCUCUUUCAGAUGUGUAAUCUCAUUAUAUUGGGAGCCUUUUCUGUCUUUGUGAGAUUUGCAGCGUGGUCAACUGCUGCCCAUAUCUUACUUAUGGCUAAAAUCCCCAUUAAGUGGGUGGUAUCCUUUCUUUUGUGUUAUUUUUGUACUUUUCCACAUGUCAACAUUCAAUAUGGUCGACUUCUUUUGCGAGUGCCACAAUUUCAUGUUUGAGCCUCUCACUCGGUUUUUGGCAGGCGUCUUACCUGGUUUAUAAAGUUUGCAGCAGGCAAAUCCCUUAGUUGCGGUUCAUGAAUGGAGUCAAGUUUCACACAUUCAUUCCGUGUUGGAAUACUGCAACAGUCGCAUGACUUACCCAGACCCACCUUGGAAAUUUAAUGGAUUUUGUGUUGACGGCUCAAUAGUAUAUACUUGAUUGCUACUUUAGACAAUUACUGCUCUCUCUGGAUGGAGCCAAUUUUGUGUUCUGAGAAACCGUGUUGGUUGUAUCUCUUAUAUGUAACCCUCUUUAGAUUUUGCUGGCUGUGAUCUCCUCGGCACUUGGUUUUCUUUUGUGAGAUUCAAGCCCUGAGCAGCUUCCGCGCCCAUCUCAGAGAAGUCAAAGAGUAGUUUUGCUCUUAGGUAUGGUAAUUUGGUUAUGUAGAUAUUGCUUUUUGUUUUCAUUAGUAUAUAGGACUGGGUUCAGAUUAUCUCAUGAUAUAUUUGUUGCACUGAUCAGUUUUUUUCUUUCUUGGAUUGUUUAAAGCCAGUUUACGUAAUUAGCGGCUCUUAGGUCUUGGUGAACUGCAAUAUCUUAUGCAAGUUUACCUAGUGGAACUCCCCGAAUCUCUGUUAUCUUUCAGAAUAAUUGGUGGUUUUCAUUCUACUCCUGCACGAAAUUCCGAGCUGCAUACAGUUUGUCACAUUUCCUCAAGAAUUUGCGCUUAUGAGCGGCAAAUGGUAAAACCACGAGCCCCACUUUCUUGCUGGGUGUAGGAUUGAAGUUCCGGUUAUAGCUAGAGAUAAGAUGGCAGUGCUUGGGAAGCAUCGGCUUUGGAAGCUUCUGUUUGUACUGGCUUCUUGAAAGACAGACAGUGGAAUGUCCUUGUUGACGCUGCCUCCACCACGGUUUUUCCUGUGGAAUUUCCCUAUUUUAAACAAUAUGACUGCGUCUUAUCAUCUGCUAAUGUCGGCAGGGUGUGAAACUAUAAUUGAAAUCCUCGACGAUUUAGAGGCUUGAAAUUCUCGUCAAGGAUGUGUGGAGGAACAAUUUGUUGAAGUUUUUGGAAGAGUAUCUGCAGUCAUAUAGCAUCGAGAAACGCAAGGAUUGAAGUGAAGAUGGUUGUUGCCUUGUUGGCGCAUUCUUUU